GACAGUAACAGUAAUCAAUAAAGCGAUAUCGUAAUCGCAAAAAUAUGGAUAACAAGCCGAGCUUGAGCCAAUAUUUUGGCAGUAACGAAGUACCACCAGCGUCUCAAUUCUUCGACGAAAUAGGAACAUCGCCUACAGAUAUGAUACAAAGUGUUUAUUUGGGAGAUCCUGACACACGGCCGCAAACUACUUCUAAAGGAAUUAUGCCACAAAAUAUGACUACGUCGUUCAUACAUGAUAAAAUGCCUCAAGAGAUGACGUUUACGAACGUCGUGCCCACUGUGAGCGGUUCCACGGCCAUUCCAGCUACAAGUCUACCUGAUCCAUCAACAUUCUUCGAUACAAUAGGUCCAGAGCCACAAAUCGGUGCUAUCAAAAGUAAUGUUAAUGCAUCUUCCGUACUAUCUGAUGCCAUGGAUGGAUUGAGUAUCAAGAACCAACCAAUAGACAAGGAUGCAGAUAGAAGAAGAGAUGCAUGGAUUCCGAAUGAAGAUGCCAAAAAAACAUUACUAAAGGCUCAAUCUUCACCGAAGGGUUCGUUCUUCCCUGAAAGAGAAGUGCUUACAAUGCCGGGAUUAGUUCUAGAGGAAGAAUUGGCAGAUGCUCUUCAAGAAGUAGCGGUCAAAUACCUCGGAGUAAGUUCAGCUGGGAUACACGGCGUGGUCCGCGCGGAUCACGUGAGCAGGGACGAAGCUGGCCUCAGGGAGUUACUACGUACCGGCUAUUUACGAUCUGCAAUCAAUCUUACGGCUACGCUGAUCAGUGCAGCUGGACAGGGUGCAGGUCGUAUGCACAGACCUACUAAGCACACACCAAGGUCACUACAGCUCUGGUUAACAAGAUUCGCUGUAAUGUGCAGGAUAAAGCUAUAUGAGCCAUUGAUGAAGGAAGCCGAGCCGUUUGGAGAUUUAUCGAAGCCGGAUAUGUUUUAUCAGUUCUAUCCGGACUCGUACGAGAAUCGAACCGGUUCUCUGGUGCCGUUCUCCUUACGUCUGUUGAUCGCUGAACUACCGAUGCACGUGAACAAGCCGGACGAGGCAAUGGAUAGACUGUACGCGAUGCUCGACGUCAUAGAACAGAUGGUAGCUAACCUGAACGAGUGUAAGACUGAAGAUGGUAGUGGCACCAUCUCAAUAGAGGACCAGAACGAAUCUUUACGGCUGUGGACAGCUAGGCAGACAAGAGUUUUACAUUCGAUUGUAAAUUGUGCGAUUGCAUUGAAGGACUUCCGGCUCGCCAGCAGCACGCUGUCGUCGCUGAGCGCGGGGCGGCCCGUGGCGCAGCGCCGUGCGAUUGCCAGCGCGCUGUGCCGCGUGGCGCUGCUGGCGGGACACGUGCGCGCCGCCGCGCGACACUGCGACGCCGCGCGGGACCUGCGCCACGCCCUAUGCCCAACCCCAGAUGUACGAGAGUACGUCGACCUCGGCCUCAUAGAUAUAGCGCACGGUAAAUACCAAGACGCUUACAAUAAUUUCGCGAAGGCGGCCGACCAGGAACCGACGAAUAUCAUGGUCGCAAACAAUUUAUCAGUGUGCCUCCUCUACAUGGGGCGUCUCAAGGAGGCUAUUGCUGUACUCCAAAAAGCAAUACACUCGGAUCCGGAACGCGGUUUAAAUGAAAGUCUACUCGUAAAUCUUUGCACGUUAUAUGAAUUAGAAUCAUCUAAAACAAACGAAAAGAAACUCAAUUUAUUAAGAAUGCUGUGCAAACACAAGAGUGAUACUAUACCUAACGUUCUGGAAUGUCUGAAAUUAACUUAAUUAUGUAUAAUUGGGGUUGCUAUACGUAAUGAUAAAAUUCUUGAUGUAUGGCAAACCUAAAUCUCUAAUUCAGUUUAUAGACAUUUAUUCCUAAAAAGAGACAAUACAGUCACUUACAUGAGAAAUGUUACAAUUAAGAAAAUAUUAUGUAGGUAGUUCGUCGUUCUUGUGAUAUCAAUAAUUUUGUGAGUAAUACAAUAUUAUCUGUGUUAUAUAAUAUUAAUCAAAAUAUAAAAGAAAAAAAAAAGUAGUAUCGUUACGAGUAUAAACAAAAGAAAAUAGUAAUUAAAGUGGUAAACAAUACGUUGGUAGUAGGUGUGUACACAAUUAAAAAUAGGUCUUUAUAACAUGUCGUGCUAAUUUAGAUUUCAACGUUUGCAUUGACUUACAAUUUUUAAUUAUUGGGGGUAAUUUGUUAUAAAUCUGCGCACCUACGAAGGUAAUCAUUUUUUUUUACCGUAGUUUGUUCGAGUCUUCGGGAGUACCAACCAACUAGCUCGGCGACAACUUCGCUUUGUUACUUCGUGUUUAAAUGUUAAUGAUAAGUCAAUAUGGAGAGAAUUUUUUAGUAGUUUGUGAAUUAAUAUGCAAAUAUUGUAAAUAUAUAAUUGUCUAAUAUUCAUAAUUUUAGUGUCUGUAUAAAUUUUUGUAGUAAGUGUUAAAUAUGGGUAUCGAAAAAUAAGUUUAAUAAUUUUGUUUUGAAUAAUUUGAAGCUCUGCUAAAUGAGUUUUAGCGCCAGUACCCCACUCCUCAAUCAUGUAUAAAAGAUGUGGUUUAACUAGGGAGUUAUAGAGGUUAUUGCGCAGUGGUCGUGGAAUACAACGAACAACAUUACGAAUAGGACCAAUGCAUGAAGAAAGUUUUGCUUUGAUUUCUUCUAUGCGAGUUUUCCACGAGAAAUUGCUAUCCAGUCUCAAUCCCAGAUUUUUUUUUUUUUUUUAUAGAAUAGGAAGGCGGACGAGCAUAUGGGCCACCUGAUGGUAAGUGAUCACCAAACGCCCUUAGACAUUGGCAUUGUAAGAAAUGUCAACCAUCGCUUACAUAUCCAAUGCGCCACCAACCUUGGGAACUAAGACUUUAUGUCCCUUGUGCCUGUGAUUACACUGGCUCACUCACCCUUCAAACCGGAACACAACAAUAUCAAGUAUUGCUGUUUUGCGGUAGAAUAUCUGAUGAGUGGGUGGUACCUACCCAGACGAGCUUGCACAAAGCCCUACCACCAGUAUUUUGUAUCUUUCAUUAGCUUUUUCUUGUAGUGUAAAGCCAUUAAUUGUUAAUGGCAUGUGUGGUUUUAUUGAUUUGUUUUUAGCCUUAAAAAUUACUUACCAAUUUUUGAGAUGUUAACUGUCAAAAGAUCAAUUUAAUUAAACUGUCAAAAGACUAAUUAUUUGUA